UUGGUAUUUCAUACCGUCUCAAAUGUCACUUUAGUCCAAAACAAAAACAAACGUGCACGUGAAAAAUAAAGGCAAAAGGCUCGACAAAUCGACAAAAUGACUAAUCUACGAAAAGAAUUGGAAAAAUGUAAACAUCCCAACAGUCGUAAAACUAAAGCUUUGAGUAAAAAGGCCCGACGUCAAAACAACAAACACAAACAACGAAUGGGACAUGCCAUCAAAUCAAACAUAAUGGGUGAGAAGUUAACUUGGUUUUUGGAACACAUUGAAGAGGGCCGAAAACAGCCAUUGUCACCUGAGGAAUUCGAGCAACUCAUACAAUUAUAUUUAAAACGUUUCGAUGAAGAACUUGAACAGAUUGCCUUAAAACAGUCGAUAAGCAAGAAUAGAGCAAAUCAACAUGCAGCACGUCAAGAUGUUAUACGCAUUACUUUGGAAAAGGAAACAAACGAAUAUAAAGCAGGUGGAAUGGAGUUGCUGAAUCUUUGUGAUCCCGUCAAAUUUAAAUCCCUAAUGGAUUGGGAUGGCAGUGCCAUAAAUGUUCAACACCUAAAAUUGGAUUUGGUUUCACAUAACAUGUUGCAAAGGUUCAAGAAAAAUACCGAGGAAUCAAAAGGCGCUUCACCUAUAAGUACCACAACAUCGUCAACAGCGGCAGAAGAAGUAAUGGAGACGUGAUAAAUGAUAUUAAUAUUACCAAAGUUCUUUAUCAUAUAAAUUUCGUUACAUAUGCGCACAGGCAUAGGAAAAUAAAAUAAAAGAUAUAUACAAGAGUUA